UCCAUUUCCCAAACCAUCCCCCCGAUUCUCCCCCAUUUUCCCUUUUCUUCCAUUUUCCCUUCGGCGACACAACCGAGGGAGACCACCAGCGACGGCCAAUCCCACCAAAGAGGAGACCAGCGACGGCCAAUCCCACCGAUAGCGACACAACUGAAAAUGGCGCAACCGCAAGAACUUCAUUUCUUCCAACCUUUGCUUCCUGGAUUCCAGACUUACUUGACAAUACCCAUUGUAUUUUUCUCCAAGCACAUCCAAGGGAAGACGAAUGGGAACACAUGGACACUAACAUCCGACGCUACGGAUCAAACAUGGCAAGUGAUACAAGAAGAGAGGCGACUCACCCGAGGUUGGAAGGAGUUCGCUGAGGCACAUGACCUUCGAAUAGGAGACAUUGUCAUCUUCAAACUCGAAGGUUCCAUGGUCUUUCACGUCACUCCCUUUGGUCCGAGCUGCUGUGACAUCCAGUACACAUCUAUGUUGGUUGUGACUUGAUCUUAAGAGCACAAUGUCUUGUGCUUUGAACUUAUUUUGUGUGUCUUUUAUAUGUUUGCUUUUGGUACUUUGAACUUGUUAUUUUGAUUUGAUGGUACUUUGAACUUGUUAUUUUGGUUUGAUGUUGCAAACUUUUAGUUAAUCAUUUUCAUGUCAAUUAGUUUCGACU